AUGUUGACCGGCGAACAAGAGACAGUUGUCAACAAAGCGUGCAUCAUGCUCGUCUCCAUCGAUCAUACCGAAUCGGACAGCUACGACUCCUUGCGCCUGGGGCCAGUGCACACAAUAGAAAGAGAGGAGCAGCCGACCUCGGGACGACCUCCGCAUCCCGACUUCCUCUACACGGAAGUGCCGCUGCAGAUCCCGGCAGUCAUCGCAGCGCCGGCCCUGCGCUACAGCUGGGAAUAA